UAUUCGUUCAGAGACUGUCUUGAAACAAAGUUGACAACUUGGAGGUAGAGGCUAUGGAGCUGCUGUCAAAGGAGCCUUGGAAACUGAAAUUUCGAAGGAAGGAAACUAAGUCAGAACCAAAUAUGACAACUAACAUAUUAAAGGAUUUGCUGAAAAUACCAGAGAAAUAUCACGUUGUUCAGCAAUUCAACCAGAGCGUCAUCUUUGCUUCACAAAGAACCAAAGAAUACAUUGGAUUCGAGGACCCUGAGUCCAAACUGAAGGUAAAUAAUUCGAUGUUGACUGAUAUUUUCCUGAUGACCUACAUUAACCGAAGCAUUCAGUGUCAGCUGACAGAAUCAAUCAGUUGUACAAAGAUGACUGACGAGCAAACAAUCCUUUUGGGUACGGAUUGGGUUUGGGCUGUGCAGGACGCAUCUUCCAAAAACCCCAAGGUGCAGAUUGCAGUGCAAGCCAUUCACAUGGAGAACAAAGAAGACCAAGCAAUGAAGAUGAGAUUUCAGGCGACUGAGUCCUUGAAGCUGGCAAGGCAAGAGACAAUCAACAAAACCGACCCUGAGAAAUUCAGCGAUUUCUGUUCAUCGAUCGGGAAAGACUGUUACGGACUAUUUCUUUUCUUUGGGCUCAAGGGUGACCCGAAGACCAUCUGUGGCAUCCUGAGCAAUGACUUCCACGCACACUUGGGAAGUGGCCAAGAGGUUGACAACACUUUCUUGCUGGAUUGCAUUGAGAAGGCUAAGACUUUUGUCACUCCAGGAAGAAUGUUGGAGCUGAUCCUUCAGAAAGGAGGUGUACCAGACAGCUUAAAGCCAAUCUGUGUCAAGUUUACACAAUAA